UCUUUUUUGAGACACCUUAUGUAUAUCUGUGUUAAUUCCGUCAAUGAAAAAGAUGAUAAGUGAUAACACCAAUGUCAAUACAUGCUCAAGGUGAUUGUUUAAAUUUCAGCAAGAAUAUUAACAUGCCAAGUGGUUGAAAUUUGUUUGAAAAUAGACAAAAUUAAUGUGAAGUUUUUUCACCUAUAACUUGCUCUUUUUACUGUAGUAAUUCUCUCUAAGAAUUUACUAUGGCAACAAUUUUACCUUUACCUAGUAAAACUGUCAUUAUUGGAAGUAAUGAUUUCCAGUCACUUAUAAAUGGGGUACGGCUAAUACAUUUAGGAUCGACAAAGAAAGAAGAUACUGUACUCGAGAUUAAAAAUUUGGGAGAUGCUAAACAUUGUUCAUUGGGCUUGUACUGUACAACUUGUCAAAUAGCUUUUGAGCUAUCCGAAGAACAUAGAGCUCAUUAUAAAUCUGAUUGGCAUCGAUAUAAUUUAAUGCAAAAAAUACAUAAUAAGCAAACAAUAGAUGAACCAAAGUUCCUUGCCUUAGAAAGUAAAGCUAAUGACAGCUUGUCUAGCUGUGAAAGUGAUGAUGAAAUCAAUGCAUACAAUUCUCAUUUUUCAAUGGAUUCGAGAAUAUUUUUCGAAAAUAAUAAUGGAAAUGCUUUUUCAGUAUAUAGAUGUUUGUUGACUAAUAAAAAAGACAUUCCGAAUGAAGAAAUCAUUGUCAAUUCAUUGACGUCUAUUAAUUCUAAACAAAUGUGGUUUAUAGUUAUGUUAGGAGGAGGACGUUUUUCCGCAGCUAUAUUUAAAGGUAAAGAAGCAAUUGUUCAUAAAACAUUUCAUUCCUAUACUGUUCGGGCCAAACAAGGUGGAUCUCAAAGUACACAAGAUCGAUCAAAAGGUGGAUGUAAAAGUGCUGGAGCAAGUUUACGUAGAUAUAAUGAAGCAUCUCAAUUAAAACAUAUUCAAGAAAUAUUGACCUCAUGGCUGCAUCAUAUAAAAAUAUGUGACCAUAUAUUCUAUCGAGCGAUUGGUCCACAUAAUCGAAAUAUUCUGUUUGGUGGUUCAAAUCCACUUAUAAAUAAGAAUGACUGUAGGCUAUGUCAAAUACCUUUUGGAACUAAAAAAGCAACUUUUGGCGAAAUUCAAAAAGUUUGUAACCAAUUAUCAACAGUUUUAGUAUAUGACUCAAAAGAAAUUAUCAACAAUUCUAUUCAAAGUUAUGUAUUAAAAUUAUUUAAAAAGAGAAAAAUUAAAAAAUCAAAUUUAAUUCAAACCAAAAAAACUAUAGACAAGCAUAUAGAACAAAAUCAAAAUUUAAACAAAAAAAACUCUAUUGAUGUUCAGUUAUCUUUAUCAUCUGAUUUUAGUGAAAGUGACAUUGAAUAUGAAAGUUUAGAACCUCCUCAAAGUAAUAUAUUAUGUGAAAAUAAUAGCAAUGUUCAACCAAAUAUCAUGAAGAUUAAAAAACAAAAGAAAAGAAAUAAAAAAUCUAAAGACCUAAUUCCUAAAUGUGCUGAAGUAGAAGAAGUAAAAAAACUUUUGUUAGAAAAAAUUGAAGAAAAAGAUAUUGAAGCUUUAAAUAAAUUUAUUUUGUUGGAAGAAACAAAUAGUUUUGUUACAAAAGAAUAUCUUGAAAAAAGUUUAAAUGAAGCCAUUGAUGAUAAAAAUAAUACUGUUCUUCAUUUAACAUCAAUUAACUGUCUUCAUGGUCAUAUUUAUUUACUUUUAGAACAUGGGUCAAAUCCAAUUCAUAAAAAUAAAGAUGGAAAAACUCCUUACGAAUUAGCACCUGACAAAGCAACCAGAAAGGUGUUUAGGAAGUUUAUGGCUGUAUUUCCUGAUAAAUAUGAUUACAAUAAAGCUCGUUUACCAGGACCUUUAACUAAAGAAUUGCAAGAGGAGUUAAGAGAAAGAAAAAAAGCUAAACAAAAACGAGCGAAAGAAAGGAAAAUUGUUGAAGAAUUGAGAAAAGAAGAAGAAAUUGAGAAGCAAAAGUAUCUUCAACUUUCUGAUCGAGAAAAAUGUGCAAUAGCAGCAGAAAAACGAUUUACAAUGAAUCAAUCAAUAGGAAAAGCUGUGCGAUGUUUUUAUUGUGGUAAAAAUAUAGAAAAUAAAUUUCCAUUUGAGUAUAUGGAUUAUAAAUUUUGCACUGUGCAGUGUGUUAAAAAUCAUCGACAAAAAAAUAUUGUAUUUUAAAAACUUGGUCUUUUAUAAAUAUUA